UCAGAUAAUCAUAAAAAUAAGACCGAAUUGGAUAAUAUUAAUAAUGAUGAUUACUUUAAAAAUAACAAAUAUAUUGAUCACUUUGAGAAUAACGAAUAUGAUCAUUUUGAGAAUAAUUAUGAGUUUUUGAAUAAUAGCGAUAGUAUAAUAGAAAAUAAUGAUAUUGAUAAUAAUUACUCUGAAGAUGAGAUAUUAAUAUCUUUGGACUAUUCAGAGCUUUAUAAAGAAAUUGAAGAUUUAGAAAGUAUUUUUGUUAAUCCAUUUCAUGCUCCUAAAGUUGAUUUCAAUAAACCUAUCUAUAUUCCUAAGCCUAAUAUAAAUCUUAAUGAUUUAUUGUAG